AUGUCAUUUUACAAAAAAGUUGAGAAUACAUCAGAUCUAAAUGAUCAAGUGCCUGUAUUGGAAUCGUAUCUGCCUAAUUCAAUUAUUUAUAUUACACUGUAUUGCUUAGCUGUACCACCAAAUAUUCUACUAGCUUAUAUGGGCCUUAAAAAAGGUUUAAUCUCGGCACGUGUCAAAUAUCCAACAUUAGGCAUGACAAUUGCCAAUUUGUAUGGUCUUUUUGGAUUUUUGAUGCUUAAUUCAGUCUAUUUAAUUAUGCUCUUUGGUAAUAUUAAACUCAGUCUAUUCCUCUGUAGCUUUUUACGUACGGUUAUUUACAAUACCACGUACGUCAUCUAUUUCCUCUUUCCUGUAUUAGCCAUCGAUCAAUGGCUACUAGUAUGUCAUAACUGUGAUUUAAGUAUUAAAACAUUAACAGUAAUCAUUCUCACUUGUUUUAUAAUUCCAAUGUUAAUUGCAAUCUACGAUCUUUGCCUUCAGGAUGUGCUCCUCUAUGAUUACAUAUUUGCAUACAUACGAAUGUCACCCUAUACAAAUGUUUUUGUUUUCUUCGUCUUAUCGCCAUCAUUUUUCAUUUUCUCAUUCAUUUGCAAUCUGUUAGUGCUUUCAUCCAUUGUUCGACGACAGUCCAAAGCAGCUAGGAAGCAAAGUGGACGAAGUUUAAAUCCGAGACAUUUGCAACAACAAAAAGCAAUUGUUUACACAUAUAUUUUACAAGCAUUUAUGCCACUUGUCUUAGCUACACCAUAUUAUAUUGCAAAUGUUUUUUUGAUGUGUUCAGUUGAUAUUAAUAUGAUAUGGUUUACCGUUGGUGAAGCAAUUAUUGGUAUUCAUCCACUUUCAAAUGCUUUAAUUAAUUUAAUUUUACUGCGACCAUAUCGACGAGCAUUGAGAAAAAUGUGGAUGAAAAAUGAAUCAAAAAAUGUUCAGUACGAUUCGAUAACAAUUGCUAAUACACAUUUUAUGGAUGGUGAUUGUUUCUUGUAA